AUUGAGCGGAUGAAAGGUCAAGACAAAUAGAUAGAGGAGCGUAAUCGUGGAGAUCAAAUUUAGGGUUUUGACCAAAGAUGGAGCAACAAGAAGAGAAGAGACUGGAAGUCUACAAAAGAAGAAGAGGACAAUCUUCAUCAAUGUCAAAACCAUAUUCUUCAUUUCCUCUUGAUCUAGCCUCGGAGAUACUCUUAAAGCUGCCUGCAAAAUCUAUCGUGAGAUCUCGUUGCAUAUCAAAGCUCUGGUCAUCAAUCACCACAGAUCCAUAUUUCAUCAAGUCAUUCGAAACUCGGUCCUUGUCAAAGCCAAGUCUUCUACUAUUCUUCAAAAGAAUGGACAAGUUGUGUGUUUUCUCAUUUCCACAACACCAUCAGAACUCGAACGAGCGGUAUGGUAAUGAUUCUUCUCCUCAGCCUUUGGAUAUUUACCAAAUGAAAUGCCCUAAAUAUUUUUGCUUCUCAUUCAUGGAAUCUGUCCACGGCUUGAUCUGCUUUAGAAAAUUAGCAACACCCAUAAUUUGGAACCCUACCAUGAGACAGUUUUUAACAUUGACCAAACCCGACAAGACCUGGAGAAGUAUAGGAUACGAUCCAAUCGAGGGUAAACACAAAGUUGUAUGCUUGCCUGGUGAUAAAAUCUGGGAAGACUGUCGGGUUUUAACAUUGGGAUCAGGUCAAGAACAAUGGAGAAGCAUCAAAACCAGCCUUGACCAUCAUCCUUAUACUGAUAGUUAUGGGAGAUGUAUCAAUGGGGUUCUGUAUUAUAAAGCCGGUAUUGAUAAUCUGUCAGGACAGUCACAAGCGGUUAUAAUGAGUUUUGAUGUCAGAUCUGAAAAGUUCCAUGCAAUAACAUUACCAGUGGAUACUAUUAGGGGGUUGCUGAUAGCUUAUGAGGGAAGAUUAGCUUUAGUUCAUAGUGAUUACGUGAACAAUGGUAUUAUUUGGGUUUUGGAGGAUGCUGAGAAACACAAGUGGUCGGAUAAAUCUUUUCCGGUACCUUUCAGUCACACUGAUCCAGUUUUGAAAGCGAAAUUCAAACUAAGUGGUAUCACUGAUGCUGGUGAGUUUAUUUAUCUACCAUCCACGUUUCUUAGAUCGUUUUACAUUAAAUAUUAUGAUCCGAAGAGAAACAGCUUCAGAACGGUAGAAUUUAAAGGAGUCGCGGAUCGCGAAUUUAGGCACAAGAGUGGACUUGGAAACCGUCGUGUUUAUGCCCUCCAGACUUUCCCAAAUCACAUGGACAAUCUCAUUUCUCUUUGUAACACUUGAAACAUUUUCUUUUGUUUUUUUCCCUUAGUUUAUGCAAUUUUAUGAUUUUUAUCUUUUUAUUUGUAAACUGCAAGCUUUCUCAUUAUGUUAUCAUUCAUUGAUUUGACGUUAUCUUGUCGUUUUCAUUACCAAGUUCUUUUGCUCAAAGGGAAACAAUUACAAACACAUGAAUGCAAAAGCAUACCUUCUUUCUGAUGAUCAGAUGAAUAGUAGCUUUUACUGACUAACUAGUACUAAAAUAUGGAGGUGAACAUUGACGUAACGACCUACGAAGAAGGUGUUCACAAUAUCAUCCUUUUGAGAAGCUCAUAAAGGCUUUUAGUCCUCUCCUUAGACAACUUCAAUUCCUUAGCCAGAGUUUCUGAUCCAUACAUUAAAUGGUAUUUAGUGGUGUAUACUUAAUUAAAUAUAGUUUAAUCACUCCAUUGACCCCCAUGCAUCUCCCAAAAGAGAGAAAUGUAUAGAAUCAAAUCUGAGAUCAUAGAUGCUUUAUGUUUAUUGAGAUGGUUUUUGUUUGCUUUUGAUUUGUCUAAUUGUCUCCUCCUUGUGUUAGUGUUUGUUUAGUUUUAGGUAAACGAUCACGUUUAGUCAUUCACACUGGGGAAGUAUUAUAAUUUAAAAUGUAUAUGGUCUUUUCUUUCUCUGACAGUGACAGGUGCCGGUCUAACCACAAAUUUUCUGGCUGAACAAUUUUGAUUCGACCCAGUCCAACGUGAAGGAAUAUUUUUGUCCAGAAGUUUAAGUGUC